AUGGUCCCUACCUAUGUUCGCCCUCCGCCCAUGUUCCAGAAGGGAGAAGGCUGCUUCUUGUGGGACGUCGAGAACAGACAAUACCUCGACUUCACAUCAGGAAUCGCCGUAAAUGCCUUGGGUCACUGUGAUCCCGAGAUGUCCAAGCUGCUCGCUCAGCAAGCGCAAACCCUCGUUCACACUUCCAACCUAUACCACAACCCCUGGACUGGUGCAUUGUCCAAGCUGCUCGUAGAAAAGACGGUCGAGUCGGGAGCCAUGUCUGACGCAGCACGAGCUUUCAUCUGCAACUCUGGUUCCGAGGCCAACGAGGCUGCUAUCAAGUUCGCCCGCAAGUGUGGCCGCAUGGCCGAUGAGUCAGGAAACAAGCAUGAGGUUGUCUCGUUCCACAACUCUUUCCACGGCCGCACAAUGGGCUCGCUGUCUGCCACUCCCAACCCCAAGUACCAGAAGCCUUUCGGUCCCAUGGUUCCUGGCUUCAAGUAUGGCACCUACAACGACAUCGACGCCAUCAACGACUUGGUCACCGAAAAGACUUGCGGUGUCAUCAUCGAGCCUAUUCAGGGUGAGGGUGGUGUCAAUGUUGCAACCGACGACUUCCUUCUCGCCCUUCGUCGUCGCUGCACAGAAGUUGGCGCCGUCUUGAUCUACGAUGAGAUUCAAUGCGGUCUUGGUCGUACUGGUACCAUGUGGGCUCACGGUGCUCUUCCCAAGGAAGCUCACCCCGACAUCCUGACCACCGCAAAGGCCCUCGGCAACGGCUUCCCCAUUGGUGCUACAAUUGUCACUGAGAACGUCUCUAGCAAGAUCGUGACCGGUGACCACGGAACCACUUUCGGUGGCAACCCUCUUGGUUCCCGUCUCGCACACUACAUCGUUGGUCGUCUGUCCGGCGCCGAGAUCCAGGACGGCGUCAUCCAGAAGGAGAAGAUCUUCCGCAAGCGCUUCGAGCAGCUCAAGCAAAAGUACCCCGAUGUCAUCACCGAAGUCCGUGGACGUGGUCUCCUGCUCGGUGUCCAGCUGUCUCAAGACCCCACUCCUGUCAUCACCGCCGCCCGUGAACGCGGUCUCUUGAUCAUCACUUGCGGAACCAAUACCCUCAGAUUCGUUCCUCCGCUUAUCAUCUCCGAGUCUGAGAUUGAGCAGGGCAUGAACAUUCUCGAGGAUGCCAUGAAGGCUGUUUUCAGAACCGAUGAGCACAUUCCUGGCACAGAUGGCCAGCAGGAGAUGCGUUCCUCGUAA